AUGUCUUUAAAAUUUUAUAUCGUUUUUGCUUUUAUCGUCCUCAUGGCGUUAUCAACUUGGUCUGCACCUGUUGCUGAAGAAAGUGGUGGUAAUUUUGUGGACAUGAAGGCGCCUCACAAACGGGAUGCUAAAGGUGAAUUUGUGGACAUGAAGACGCCUCACAAACGGGAUGCCAGUCCUGAAUUAUCAAGCGCUUUUCACCUAAUGGCUGAUCUCAAGGAAAAACGUGAAGUUAAUGAUGAACCCUCUAAACGCGAAGCUGAAGAACCCCAUCUCUCUAAACGUGCUCUCUUCUAUCGUG